AUGAGCGGAGCAGUUUACGGAGGAGAUGAAGUCAGCGGAUUGGUGUUCGACGCCGGCUCGCAGUCGUUCCGUGUUGGAUUCGCUGGAGAAGAAUAUCCAAAAGGAGACAUCCCGUCGUAUAUCGCGGUUCAAGAGCCACUUCCCGAUGAGGUUAUCGAGAAAGACGAAGCAAUGGAAGAAGGAGACACCUCGAAAGUUCAGACGAAGCGUGAGAAGAACUUCUUCAUCGGUACCACGAAAAUCAUCGUGCCACGAGCCAGAACCACUAUGGAGAAUUUUAUGAAGGAAGGAUUGAUCGAAGAUUGGGACUUGUUCGAGAAGAUUGUAGAGCACUCCUACGAGAAUAUACUCUACUCGAACCCUGCCGAACAUCCGGUUCUGUUCUCUGAAAGCGCGUGGAACGACCGCGCUCGUCGUGAGAAGCUCACCGAGCUGAUGUUCGAAAAGUUCCAAGUUCCGGCCUAUUAUCUCUCGAAGAACGUGGUUCUUUCCUGCUUUGCUCAAGGUAGAACUCAUGGAUUGAUGGUGGAUUCUGGAGCCAGUCAGACGUCAGUCGUCCCAGUUUUCGAUGGAUACGCCAUCACCCACGCCGUGGUGAAGUGUCCAUUGGGAGGGGACGUUAUUGCCGAUCAGUUGGCUCAUAUGCUCGAGCAACAAAAGGUUGAUCUGGUUCCAACAUAUAAAAUCGCUGGAAAGGAAGAGGUCAACGAGGGAGAUCCACCAAAGUGGACAGCGAAGAAGAAUCUUCCAGAAGUCACUCCGAGCUACGAUAAAUUCAUGAAGAAGAUGAUUCUCGAAGAUAUGGCUGCUAGUAUGCUUCAGUUAUGUGACACCAAUAUCGAUAUGGAAUACGUGGAUAAGCUUCCAUCAACACCCUACUCGUUCCCCAAUGGAUUCACCGAAGAGUUCGGAGCUGAGAGAAUCAAACUUCCAGAGUGCCUGUUCGAUCUCUCUUACCUCAAAGCAGACAUGAAGAGGGAGGGAUUAAUGACGGUCGCUCAGAUGGCAGCUACCUCUGCGAAUCUUGCUGAUAUCGAUAUCAGGCCGACUCUUUUCUCUAACGUAACGGUGACUGGAGGAAAUUCGCUAAUUCUUGGAUUCACCGAACGUCUUAACUAUGCUCUCGCCACAAAGUGCCCACCGACCAUCAAACUACGUGUGUUCGCUGCACCAACUCAAGCCGAACGAAAAUACGGUGCAUGGAUCGGAGGAUCCAUCCUCGGGUCCCUCGGAACCUUCCAACAAAUGUGGAUCAGUAAGGCGGAGUAUGAUGAGACUGGCAAGACGAUUGUCGACAAGAAGUGCCCGUGA